ACUACUCGGUACAGAACCAUUGUUUCCCCAAUUGCGCGGAGAACAAAUACAUUUUGCAUUAUUUCCCUCAGCAGGAGAAAGGGAGCAAGCAGUGCGUGUGCGUGUGAGUGUUUGGUGUGCUGCCCUAGGACCCAGCACAUUUAGGAAAACCCUGCAAUGAGCUGCUUGGACAAUGAAUGGUCAAUUCCGAAAAAAGACAUUCGGAUCCUCUCCCUCGCCAUUCUAUACGUGAUUGUCAGCCUAUUCUGCAUUCUAGUCCUACUAGUUCAGCGUCUUCGCCGUCCACCACCCUAUAGAUCCUACGCCUACGUACCACAAGAGAGGCAAAUGAUGGACCCGCCACCAUUUACGCCGUCCGAGAAGUGCGAUCGUGGUGGUAUCGUGGGUAGUGGUGGCGAAGAGCCCGUCGGCAGGAGUGCAGCAGUGGGCCUAGGCCUAGUCCAGGGCCACGGCUACGGCGUAGGCUAUCUCAAUGACCCAGCCUCCCAGGGCGUUGGUCCAUUCCCUUCAGCCUGUGAUGUCCUGCAGCCACUUUCCCAGCUGUCUCCCUUACCUUCUAGUGGUUAUCUAGCGGCUGUCCUGGCCCGCGAGCGGAGCCAUUGGACAAAGCAAGCAUCUGGGUCGGAUGGUCAUCUGGUGCCGUUGUCGCCCGGGUGUGCCGCCUCCGCCCCUGCCCACGACCAUCGUUCAGCUACACCCCCCGCGGUGAGGAUGGAUGAUCGCGUCGGUGACUCGUCAUCUGAAGCGCCAACUCAUGGUUCCAUGGUGGUGUCAGAUCCUAUGCGCCAGCCCGGGAUUCCUGCGCCGGUUCAGUGCCAUGCCAACCCUAUUGCUACUAGCCACGAACAGGGGGUCCCCAGUAUCGCAAACCUUAUCGGAUCCCAUCCUUCCCAAAAUUGUGGCUACGCAGUUCAAUACCUGCACGACGCAGAUGAGGAGGGGGUGCGCUCCUGGCGACGGUUGAUGAUCGAGUACAGCUAGCUAAGCUGACUGAUGGUGUGAUGUUUCCUCUUCGAGAACGAUGCAUUGUGGGGGGUUUUUUUUGCUCUUCCUCCAGGAUUUGGCUUCCUCUGUUUACCUUUCCUCUUUUAGUUGUGGGCUUCGCUGUUCAGUUUACCUGUUCUUUUUUUUCUCUCUCGGGGACGGCUUAUGAGGAUUUUCGGGCUAGUACCAUAGGGCGUCUGUCCCGAACGACAGCGCCCAAAAGGGUGGCAGUGUGUGCUUUAGUUUCCUUUAUUU